GCAGUCAGUCUCGUCUCGUCUCUGCGGAAGUCAGAUUACGUCGCUUCGCACGGGGGACCAAAGCCGGCUACGACGAGAAAGCGAGCGCCGCCGAUCAUUUUGUUUUUUCAUUUUAUCAAAUUCGCUGCGGUUUUCCGAUCUACUCCCGAGGCACACAAAGCCACCGACCGAUAGACGCGUAAUAUAAAACAAAAGAGAGCGGGUGGCGAACAAAUUUCUUUUUCUCGCCCGCUCCUUUACUCGCUUUCUUUUACCGACCAUCGCAUCCACCACAACAAAGAGGGACCCGGCACAGCGACCAGCAGCAAUCGACGAGGCCUUCGCUCUUCCCUGACGGCACCAACAGCAAGAAAGACUCCGCCAGCGAGCGCCCGCAUCUCAACGGAAUCAGUCUGCCGUUCGAUGGAAACAGGAGUGUCCCGCUACAGCAGCGUUCCGGCAUGCGACGCGCCCAACAUAUCGCUUCUUCUUAGCGAAGAGGCCGACCGCUGCGACGGGUCCGGUGACGUCCACGACGACUGCUGGCAACAGCUCGAAGCCUUCUGGGGAGCCGAGAAGCACCGCUGCUGUCAACAGCACGAGCCGGCCGCCUUCGAGAGCAGCAGCACCGAGAGCCAACUCGAGAACAGGGACUUCCUCAGCGAGCCGCCGCCCCAGGAGUCCUUCGAGGAGCCGCUAGCUAGGAAGGCGACCAAGGCAAACCAGACAGCGGCGGCCAGCGACUUCUUGUACAUCGUCAGGGGUGAAGACAUCAACGAUGUGCCCACCAGUUACGUGGUCAACGGUAUCAAGCCGCACGAGUUCCCUGUUAUCGGUACCUACGUGGACAAGCGCGUCGUGCCGGGCUUCCGUUACAUCGUGCGCGUAAAUCGCACCUCACGCUUCCUGUUCGGCGGCCGGCCGCUGCACCUGGAGAGCGUGGGUCGGGGCUACGGCAAGCGCAUCACCUUUGAGGCGCCACCCGGCGGGCUGAACGAGAACGACAACUUCUUCUACUCGGACACCAUCGCGCAGGGCUACGGCUUCGCUCCGGUCGCCGUUCAGGUCGGGGACCGCUUCCGCGUUCAGGACAGCGAGGGCGAAGAGUGUGGCGACCUGGUGCUCGACGAACUCUUAGGCGAACAGACUGAGGUUUCGAGCGACGUCCGCAAGGAGGACGGUGCCAUCGUCAAGGAGAUUGCGGUCGACUUCCAUGCGAGGUUCCUGUGCGUGAACAACCGACUCCUGGACCGCCAGCUGGUCUGGAACAAGGUCCGGCUCAGCGCCAUCGCGAGGCUUGUGAAGCCCCGAGGAACGACCAAGGCGCGACUCGAGAAGCUGCUGCUGCGAGACUGUCCGCUGGCGGGCUACGAACUGGUUCCUUUCUCGGGCAAGCGUCUGGUCGACCGCGAGGAAUAGAGGGACCCGGCGUACGCCCAACCACUUCAGCUCUGGUUGUGGAGAUCUCUUCCGUGUCCCAUACCGAUUCACUCCGCACUGCCUAGUCGCUGAUUUCGCCGCUUCCUGCGGUCUCGAAGAACACGAAGGAAAAGCCCCACUGUGGAGGGACCGGUACACAUAUUCUUUAGGCGUCGUCUGAUUUGUUCCGGGCAACGAGUCAGCAUCCCUACUGGUGCGCACCCUAGCUAUCUAAGGAGCGCGAGCGUGUUAUUGCUUCUGCCACGAAACGACGUCUAGUCGACCUCAUAGGCGAUCUUAUCUCGCUGACCAAAGAAGAGUCGAUUGCAUGGCCCUGCGGCGAGGGCGACAGCUACGGACAUUGUGGGCGUGUGUGAGGAGGCGAUCUCCCGGGAUUGCGAAAAGAGACACUUGUAUAAAGGAGACGGUGAGCGACAUUGAUCGCAGAAAGGAUUUCUGCGGAUCGUUUCGCGAAUACGCGUGUUCAAAGUCGGAAAGAGAGAGAAGAAAAUGAGCGCAGAACUACGCGCACGGAGUCGUGAUCAGCGGGCUGACCGUGUCUUACGGGGAGAGUGAUAUUAUUUUGUGGAUUGAUUGUACUCCCAGUCCUCGUUUACACAAGACUUAUCAAGGAACCCUCUGCGCCUUUGGCAAUUCUCCUUUUGUUUUAAUUUUUUGUUGUUAGACAAGAGGUACCAUACACCUCUCGCCCCCCUGCUUUUGUCGCUGCAUUGUUAUAAGCCUGGUGAGAAACCUGAAUAUUUUACACCGCUACUGUAUUUUACUUUUUUGUUCGUCAUCAUCAACCGAGGAACCGGAACCCAUUGUUGUGAACACCGGCUCACUUGGUUUUGACAUUUGUGCGCAUUUAUUUAAUCGGUGAACUCUUGUAAUUUAUGCAUCGGCGAGUGAUGUCACGUCCGUGUUUCGUCCUUGCUGCUGCUGGAACGUCAAAUAAAGCACGAAAUAAACGUAUAGUCCUGUU